AUGUGGUUAAACAAGGCCUUGUCCCUUUCAGUGAUCUGCCUCAACGGAGGGCAAUGGAAUGGAAAGGUCUGUGAAUGCUCCACUGGCUUCACGGGAGAUCAAUGCCAGUAUGCCCACAGGUUCUGCAAGAAUGGAGGCUUCUGGGAUGGGAUCAAGUGCCAGUGCACCACCCUCUACUAUGGGACCGAGUGUGAGCUGCUGGUUGAGAGCAUCGAGAUUGAACCUCCACCGGCGAUAGUCACUGCCCAAGUGGAAAUAACCGUGACAGUAACCAGUGAGAAUUUCAGUGAAGACCUAAAUAACAGAUCUUCCCAAGCUUUCCAGAAAUUCAAAGAGAUAUUUACUAAACAGAUGGAAAUUCUUUAUUCUGGAAUCACUGAGUAUGAAGGUGUCAACAUCAUAAGGAUAACGCCUGGCAGUGUGGUGGUGGAGCAUGAAGUCCUCCUGAGGACCAAGUUCAUCCCAGAAUAUGAGAAAGUAUUGAAGAACGCCUCCCAGGAAGUGAAGGAAAAAAUCAUGACUAUAACCAAUGAGCAAAUAAUGGUUAAUAAUAACUGCUCAGACCUACUGUGUUUCAAGGAGAAUACCACCGAGGUGAAAAGCACUGAAAUUACCCAAUAUGACCCUGAAGCUGAGUGCCAGGAGAAGGCCAAGGAAGCUGGAGAUUAUGCCCAAUACUUCUUUGUGGAAUACAAGGAUGAGAAGCCAAACUGCGUCACUGCUUGCAUGCAGGGCUUCAACAGUUCGAUGGAUUGCAACUAUGGGAAGUGUCAGCUGGAGCGCAGUGGUCCUCGGUGUUUCUGCCUGACCACAGAUACUCACUGGUACCGUGGAGAAAACUGUGAGCUGAGCACUCAGAAGAGUCUGGUGUACGGACUCGUGGGAGCAGCAGGAGCAGUUGUGCUGGUUGUCUUCAUUGCCCUCUUAGUGUUCACGUUGCACUCCAAGAGAGAGGUGAAAAGGCAAAAGUACAAAUUGUCUCAGUUGUACAAGUGGUAUGAAGAGGAUGGUGGACAAGCCCCUGGGACCUUCCAAAACAUUGGCUUUGACAUCCAUGAAGAGGGUUCUAUCAACCUGGACCCCAUUUACAGUAACUUCCAGCCCUCCCUGAGCCACAUAGACCCUGAAACAAAGAUUCAAACUCAGAGGCCCCAGGUCGUGAUGACAUCUUUUUAA